AUGAAGUCUUCCUCUCUUGUGAGCUGUUUCUUGGCGGCUUGGGCAUUUGCGGGCGCGUUGGCCACGGGUUCAACCGCCAAAGUGGAUGUUCAUGCGCAUUUUGUUCCCGAUUUCUAUGCGCAAGCGUUGAGAGACGCUGGCCAUACGCCAGGUCCUGAUGGCAUGCCAGCUAUCCCGGCUUGGACUCCUGAGACUCACCUGGCGUUCAUGGAGGAGCAAAAUAUAGACAAGGCCUAUUUGUCCAUCUCGAGCCCUGGAGUGUAUCUUACUGUGCCUUCUAAGGCCGCUACAACAAAGGCCAUCAAUUUGGCCCGACAGGUCAACAAGUACGCGUCGAAGCUGAAAGCUCAAUACCCUGACAAGUUUGGGUUCUUUGCAUCUCUUCCCCUCCCCGACGUCAAGGCGUCAUUGGAAGAGAUCAAGUUCUGCUUCACCAAGCUGCACCCGAAACCCGAUGGUGUCGUGCUCAUGUCCAACUUCUACGGAAUGUACCUCGGCGACCCAGACCUUGAUCCAGUCUACAAGGCGCUCAACAAACUCAACGUGACAAUCUUCGAGCACCCUACUACGCCAUGCACGGAAUUCAACGAAUUGAAGUAUCACAUCAACACAAAGGCUCCUGUCAUUACCCAGAAGCAAUGGCAAGCUCUCAACAGACCGGUUGCAACCCGGCAGUUUGCUGCCCCUACGCUUGACUUUCCCUUCGACACGGCUCGCACCUUUGCAGAUCUAUUCUACUCUGAGGUACCAACUAGGUUCUCACGUCUCAAGUGGAUUAUCCCUCAUGGCGGCGGCGCCCUCGUGCCUACCUUGGAUCGGAUAGUUGGGUACAGUACGCUGUAUCCGAACCUCAAUUUGACGGAAUCGUCCAUGAAAGCGACCCUCGCCAAGAGCUUUUACUUCGACCUCGCCGGUCCUUGGCCAGUUACCUCGGCAAUUCCUCCAUUGCUUCGAUGGGUCGAUUAUACGAAAAUCGUCUGGGGAACUGAUACGCCGUUCACUCCCUGGGCCUCAGCCGCAAAGGGAGUUGCUGCCUUUGACCAGGAUAUUGAAAUAGUGUUUAACGACUCGGGUAAAGCUGAAGCUGUUCGACAAGACAAUGCAAGGAACCUAUUCGACUAG